AUGGCCUCUUCAGACUGCAUCAGCAUCGACAAUUCGCUUGGGCCUCACGCAAGCGAUUGCAGAGGUGGCUUUGACUUGACGCUUUUCUUUGAGGAUGUCGUGCUCACUAUUCCCAUUGCCUCUUUGUUACUAUUAGCAGCCCCUUGUCGGGUUUUUUACCUGCUGAGUAAAGGCACCGUCAAAGUUAAAGCCGACUAUCUACGAUAUUUGAAAGUUCUCUCAUAUGUCCUACUCAGUGCCUCUCACGUUGCUGCUCUCGUGCUUUGGACCCGGGCGUCUGCGGUGCCAACUAGGGCCUCUCUGCCAGCAGCAGCAUUGUCGUUUGUCAGCUCUUUAUCUCUUUUGGUAUUAUCAUAUGUUGAGCAUCUCUACUCAUAUCGUCCCUCAAGUAUUAUCAACCUGUUUCUCCUCUUCUCGGCCCUGUUUGAUGCUACCCGCACACGAACACUAUGGCUGCAGCCAUAUAACCGUUCAGUUGCUAUAGCAUCACUGGUAUCAGUCGUUUUCAAGUUGGUAGCAUUUUCUCUCGAAGCCAUUGAGAAGCGACACAUCUUGCUCCCGGCAUACCAGAACUUGACACCUGAAUCUACCAGCGGUAUACUGUCACAAUGGCUCUUCUCGUGGCAACUGCCAUUGUUCCGCGCAGGCUACUCCAAUGCUCUGGGAAUCAAUGACUUGUUUCAUCUCGAUAAGCAUCUCAAGUCGACGCUCCUUCACUCCAAGCUGCAACAACGCUGGUCGACCGGCUUUACUUUCUGCCAACCGUUCCUCAUAUCGGCAACCCUCGCGUGGGCCGAGCGCGACAGCGAUUCGGAUGAUCAAGAUCAAGGAUAUGGCCUGAUUGGCGCGUGGUUCCUAGUGUAUCUUGGCAUUGCCAUCACCAUGGGCCAGCACCAACACUUGACUUUUCGGGCCAUCUCCAUGGCACGCGGUCAGCUCAUCUCGAUGCUCUUUGACAAAGCGACGGACCUCACAAUCACCGCCGCAGACCCUACCGCAGCUCUCACCUUGAUGAGCGCCGAUAUCGAAAGAAUCGACAUGGGCUGGCGUACCGCUCACGAUAUAUGGGCGAACCUCAUCGAGAUUGGCAUUGCCAUUUAUCUACUCGAGCGCCAGCUGGGUAUAGCCUGUCUCAUACCCGUUGCAACUGCACUCGUGGAGGAUUCCGCUGACUCCUCAGUAUCAAUCGUCGGCUCCGUCAUCGCCGUGAGCUUUGUCAUGGCACGCCAAGCAAUGUGGCUCGAAGCCAUCGAAAAGCGCAUCGCUGUGACGUCCCAAAUGCUGGGCUCCAUGAAAGGGGUCAAGAUGUGUGGCUUGACUAGUGUCCUCGAAGCGCGGAUCUCGUCCAUGAGAGAUGACGAGCUGCACAUCUCUGGCAAAUUUCGAAGACUUCUGAUUUGGAACAUGGGACUAGCAUACCUUGCCCCCAUCCUCGCCCCUAUCUUCACUUUCACAGCGUAUAGUCUCCUGGCUCGCAAUCAGGGUGAUGGGGGUACUCUGGACACGAAUCGUGUCUUCACAUCCCUGUCCUUGUUUGCGCUUCUUCAAGAGCCCCUGACCUCGUUUGUCACGUCUCUGUCGUCCUUUGUUGGAUCCAUCGGGUGUUUUUCUCGCAUUCAGGCCUUCCUGGAAUCCGAUGUCCGCAGCGACCAGAGGCUGGUUCAUGACACUUCCAACAGCGGGAGCAGCUCGUCGCAAUCUACUCUAUUCAAACAGAGUAAUGAGAAAUCGGCUUCAGAAACGAACGUGGAUGAGUCUGGUGAGGCACCAGAAGGAUCACCCACAAGGGAAAAUGGUGUGACCAUCAAAAUCCAAGAUGGUGCUUUUGGCUAUGAUUCGGACAAGGAUCCCAAUCUGACCGACAUCAGCAUCGAAGUGCCAUCCUCUCAGUUUACAAUGAUCGUCGGUCCAGUCGGUAGCGGCAAGUCCACGCUGCUCAAGGCUAUACUGGGGGAAGUAUCCCUCAUGGCCGGCGCCGUUCACGUCACGGGCUCCGAAAUUGCGUAUUGCGACCAGACACCGUGGCACAUGAACGGCACUGUACGCGCCAGCAUCAUUGCUUUUUCUCCCGUGGAUGAGCGCUGGUAUGAGCAGGUUUUACAGGCAUGUGCGCUGACACAAGACCUUCGCCAACUUCCCAAGGGAGAUCAGACCACCAUUGGCAGUAAAGGUAUUGUUUUGAGUGGAGGCCAGAGUCAAAGGAUUAGUUUGGCAAGAGCUGUUUAUGCACGGAAGGACACCAUCAUCCUCGAUGAUGUUUUCAGCGGCUUGGACGCUCACACCGAGAACGUUGUCUUUCAUAAUCUCCUUGGCGGCAAGGGUCUACUGCGACGGUCGAAUACGACUGUCGUCAUUGCCUCUUCACGAUCCAAGCGUCUUCCCUAUGCCGACCACAUCAUCUGCCUCGACGGCACUGGCAAAGGAUGCGAGCAAGGAACAUUCCAAGAGCUAUCCACUUCGGAUGGUUACGUUUCUCAAUUGCUUGUUACAUCGGCGGAUUGGACACAUCCCUCCGCAACUGAUCCUCUGGACGACGAUUCAGCCGCCAAGCUGGAGCUCGCUCAACUCGAAGAAGAGAAGGACGAGGCCGGCCGCCGGACUGGCGAUAUUGCCAUCUACACAUACUACAUCCGCGCCAUUGGGUGGAUCCCCACGUUCAUCUUCAUCUUUGCCAUCUGCGCCUUCAUCUUCUGCCAGUCCUUUCCCACCAUCUGGCUGAACUGGUGGGCGGCAGCGAAUGCGGAAGAGCCACAUCAACGCCUCGGCUACUAUCUUGGAAUAUAUGCCAUGCUGGGCGCACUAGCUCUCAUCUUCCUCAUCGUCAGCUGCUGGCAGAUGAUCGUCACAAUGGUCCCAUUGUCAGGCAAGAACUUCCACUCCAAUCUCUUGAGGACGGUGCUCAACGCACCCAUGUCCUUCUUCGCUGCCACGGAUGCUGGAGUCACAAUCAACCGCUUCAGCCAGGAUUUGCAACUGAUUGACAUGGAUCUCCCCAUUGCGGCGCUCAACACCUUUGCUACCUUUGUUCUUUGCAUCGCGCAGCUUGCACUCGUGGCCGUUGGCUCGUACUACACUGCCAUCGCAUUCCCGUUCCUUUUUGCUGCGCUCUGGCUGGUGCAGCAUGUCUACCUUCGAACAUCUCGCCAGCUACGCUUCAUGGAUCUGGAAGCCAAGAGCCCUCUGUAUGCAUUGUUCACCGAAUCCGUCACGGGUUUGGCGACCCUGCGCGCUUUUGGCUGGCGACGCGCCCUGGAGGAGAAGCUCUACAACCUCUUGGACCGUUCCCAAAGGCCAUUUUACCUACUUUACGCUGUGCAAAGAUGGUUGACCUUAGUCCUCGACAUGUUCGUCGCGGGCAUCGCCGUGCUUCUGGUUAUUCUGAUCACGCAGUUGCGCGGUGUCUUGCCCCCUGGGCUCAUCGGCGUUGCGCUCGUCAACGUCAUCUUGUUCAGCCAGAAUCUGAAGCUGCUGUUGAUGUUCUGGACCAAUCUUGAGACUCACAUUGGUGCCAUCUCCAGGAUCAAGUCCUUCACUACUCACACCAAGUCGGAGCACGAGGUGCAGGAGAAGGAGGUUCCUCCGCCAACUUGGCCAUCACAGGGGGGCAUCGAGUUCGACAACGUAUCUGCAGGCUACAAGUCGUCAGAGAACGUUCUCAAGGGCAUAUCAUUGGCGAUCCAGCCAGGCCAGAAAAUUGGCAUUUGUGGACGAACCGGCAGUGGUAAAAGCUCAAUGGUUUCGUGCCUCUUCCGCAUGAUUGACAUCCACGACGGCCGGAUCACCGUCGACAAUGUCGACAUCACAACCAUCCCAAGGGAAGAAGUUCGCACGCGCUUGGUCGGUGUGCCACAGGAUGCAUUCCUCAUCGACGGCAGCAGCGUGCGACUCAACGCAGAUCCGGCUGAGAAACUACCGGACGCAGCCGUCGAGGAUGCUCUGCAACUCGUCGAAUUGUGGGACAUCGUGGCCAGCAAAGGCGGCCUCGACGCACCGAUUGACGACUUACAUCUCUCCCAUGGUCAGAGGCAGCUAUUCUGUAUUGCCCGCGCGAUGCUGCGUCCCUCGCCGAUCAUCGUUCUCGAUGAGGCCACCAGCAGGUGCUCCAAAUGGUCACUAACACACUCGUCCAGCGUCGAUGCACAUACAGACGAGCUCAUACAACGGAUCAUGAAGGAGAGAUUCUCCAAUCAUACAAUCCUUUCCAUUGUGCACAAGCUCGAGUCCGCUCUUGAUGAUUUCGAUCUAGUGGCAGUCCUGGACGCCGGUGUGCUGGUCGAGUUUGGGCCCCCUCGGGAGCUGCUGCAGCAAGGCGCAGACAAAUCUCCAUUUGCCGCCCUCUACGAGAGCUUGUCCUCCAAAGUCCAUAGUGCCAAAGAUGCAGAUGUGGCAAGGUCAGGUCCGAGAGUAGACACAAGCGCAGAGGACGACACCAUUUCACCGCUUGCUUGA